UCUUUGAGAAAAAAUAUCAGUUCAGUCUUCUCUUCUGAGAAAAAACAAAGGCAAAACUGUUUACAUCAAUUGUUUACCUGUGCAACAAUUAGUUGUUCCGUGAACAAAGACUAUAUUUGCAAUUGAUCCCGCCGACAUAAUCAUAAAAAGCAACUUUCUUCGCUGCAGCUGGAGUCUGGCCCUAGACAUUUCUUAAUGGUGAAAACAGCCUAGCCUUCUACCCAACCCACCGGUCUUCCAUCCGCAUUAUCAAGAUGAGCUUGCACACACGGGCGUUAGUCUUCUCCACCUUCUUUGGCAGCUGCCUGGCUAUUGGGCUCUUGCUCGUCAGCAUGACCACUAAUCACUGGGUGCGGGCCACUCCACGCCGCAAGAACUCGGCGGACGCCAAGGGUGAAUUCAACUUCGGACUCUUCUUCGGCAACUACCACCUGAAUCCCGGAUUCGGAAUCCGCACAAAUUCGGUUGAUGUGUAUACCUUUGUUCGGACAGAAAAUGACGACACCAGCUUCUGGCUCUGGCUACUUACUACCUUGGGCACCGGUUUCGGACUGCUGGCCUGCGCUGUGGCCGCCAUUGCUGCUGUCCUUAAGUCAGCCUCUGCGGCCAAAAGAGGAGGCACAAUGAUGCUGCUCCUGACUUCCAACAUAUGCGCUGCGGGGGCGCAAAUAGUGGCGUUUGUGGCUUGGCUCGUGCAGUUCUACCAAUACUUCAUACACAACGUUCUUUUAACGGAGCAGCAGCAGCAGCACUGGUACAGCAAUGGACUGGCUUAUCUUGGCUACAGCUUUUACCUGGUCGUGGUAUCCACCAUCGUUGUGCUGCUGAAUAUCGCCAUCCUGCUGUACGCCCAGCGACGCGACCUCCGCAACCGCCAAUGGCUGGAGGCGCCAAGUGACGAUAAAAACAAGGCCGCCAUAAUGCUGUACUAAGGAAGACGAGAAGGAUUCCCAAAUGAACCUCUACAAAGCUGCUUGGCAAACGUACGAGCAGCGACACCUAGUAAUCUCAGUGGCUCAAGUAUUUGUGCCUUACUUAAUGAUGCCUUUACCUUGCCAACAACAAGGGCCGUCUAUAUACUCAUUUUAAUUCAUGGUAUAUUCGUUUAAAAAA